CUGAUAGCCACAGAUUGUUUCCAUUAGCUUGUAGCGGUUUGUUAGCAGGAAAGUGGAAAAAUAAACAGAGCUGGUGCAAGCAAACGUCUCUGUGAGGUAAACCAGCUUAAAGAUGGACGAAAAGCUGAAUGGAUCACUGCCUGUCGUCUCCCCGGAGUAUCUUCAUCAGUGGGUUCGCUCUGCCCAGCAGUUUCAAGCUCUCCAGGCUCAAUACGCGAGCAGUGACCCAAACCAUCAGUUUCACUACCCAGAGAAUCACAUUGAAGAGGCAGCAAACGAGCACAUGGCAAACCCAGAACCCAAAAUGGAUUUGAUGGAACAUGCCAACCUGACUAAACCCCCAGCUAAAAAGCGUGGCAGACCAGCACAACCCAAGGAACCAGGUGCACCCAAACCACCAAAAGUGGCCAAGGCACCAAAAACGCCCAAAGACCCAAAUGCGCCAAAAGCCAAACCAGGUCCGAAACCCAAAAAGGCUGCAGGUGCUCAGGCUGAUGGAAAACAGGAGAAGAUUGAUGAGAGCUUCAAGAAGGUGAAAAGGAAAGUGGACCGCUUCAAAGGAAUGUCGGAGGAGGAAGUCAUGAAAAAGACUUUACCAGACCUGCUGGAUUACAACCUGGAUUAUGUCAUUAUUGGUAUCAAUCCAGGACUGAUGGCAGCUUUUAUCGGCCGCUGGUUUCCAGGUCCAGGAAAUCAUUUCUGGAAAUGCCUGUUUCUAUCUGGAUUCACAGAGGAGCAGCUCAACCACAUGCACGACACGUCGCUGCCUGUCAAGUACAAAAUGGGCUUCACCAACAUGGUAUCGAGAGCAACACCAGGGAGCAAAGACCUCUCAAGUAAGGAGUUGCGUGAAGGAGGCAAAAUUCUUGUGGAGAAGUUAAAGAAGUACAAACCGCUUAUUGCUGUGUUCAAUGGAAAAUGUAUUUAUGAGAUGUUCUGCAGAGAGCUGUUUGGCAAAAAACCACAAAAACUUGACUUUGGUUUGCAGCCGCACAAGAUCCCUGACUGUGACGUGGCCCUGUAUCUGAUGCCUUCAUCCAGCGCUCGCUGUGCCCAGUUCCCUCGCGCUCAGGACAAAGUGCACUUCUACAUCAAACUGAAGGAGCUCAGAGAUCAGCUGAGGGGCGUUCGAAAGAGCACCGAGAUCGAGGAGGUGGACUACACGUUUGACCUCAAGUUAGCUAAAGAGGAUGCCAAGAGGUUAGCAAUAAAGGAGGAGCAGUAUGAUCCAGGUUAUGAAGAUGCUUUUGGUGGAGCAUAUAUGAAGAAAGGACCUGAAGACAGCCAAGCUGAACAUCAGCUCAAUGGUCAUUGUACAUUCUCAUCUGCUGAAAACAAAGAAGGAGCGCAGGAGGCGACAACGUCACAAACGGAGGGCCAGCUCCCCGACGGAGAGUGGAUGAACGAGUCCUUUGCAGAUCAGAUUCCAAACAUAAGCGGCGGACCAAAAGGUGGCAGCAUGUGAGGGGAAAACCCAGGAACCUCAGCCAUCUCAGAUCUCCUUUAGAUAGGUUUCCUUUUUGUUAGUGUUGUCCCAGCGCAAUGUGGACACAUUUAGGA